UCCCAGCCUUCUCUUCCUUCUGAGCCUUCACUUGAAGCAGUUUCUGGAAUCACCGGCAACGGCUGAGCCUGCCCACUGUCAAGAUGAUCCUGACACUGGUGCUCAGCCUCGGGGGGGCCCUGGGCUGGGGGCUGCUGGGGGCCUCGGCCCAGGCCCCUGGUCCCAGGUUCUCUGACCCACACAGCCCCGGGCUGCCUGGGGUCUGGAUGUCAGAGCCUGAGGGCAUCGGCAGCGAAGGAAGUAACUGGUGCCCCUACCAGAAGUCCAGGCUGGUCACCUUCGUAGCUGCUUGCAAAACGGAGAAAUUCCUCAUUCACUCACAGCAGCCAUGCCUGCGGGGAGCUUCGGACUGCCAGAGAGUCAAAGUCAUGUACCGCAUAGCCCACAAGCCGGUGUACCAGGUCAAACAGAAGGUGCUGGCCUCCGUGGUCUGGAGGUGCUGCCCGGGCUUUGCUGGCUCUGACUGCCAGCACCAUGAUCCCGCUGCGACCCCUGAGCCCGCAGAUCUGGGUGACGACCUCCAGGAGCACUGGGCCGGGCCGGCUGAUGUGGAACCUGUCUCGGUGCCCUAUGGUCUGCCCGGACAGUUAGCCCUCAGUAUGUCUUUCUCACGUGCCCUCCAACCACCAGCUGCAGAGACCAGCAACAUCAGGGUGCGGCAGGAACGCCUGCUGAGAGGUCUUCAGAAUGACAUCCACCACCCGGCCGACAGCCUCCCAGGCCCGGGGACGGCCCCGGCAAGCAACCUCACAGCCAACCUCACAGCCGCAGUGACUGAGGCACAUGAGGAGGCGCUUGAGUUUCCUGGCAAGUCCUUGGAGCAGGUGCUGCCUUUCAGCCCCCUUUGGAGCGGCUUUAACCAGAGCCUGCACAGCCUCUUGGAGGCCGUCAGAAACCUCUCUCUUGAUGUGGAGGCCAACCGACAGGCCAUCGGCAUGGUCCGGGACAGCGCCGUGCCCAGGGCUGACUUCCAGGAGCUUGGAGCCAAGUUCGAGACCAAGGUCCAGGAGAACAGCCAGAGAGUGGGCCAGCUGCAGCAGGACGUGGAGGACCGCCUGCACGCCCAGCAGCUCUCCCUGCAGCAUUCGCUUUCCGAGGUCCAGGCGGCCGUGGACACCAAGUUGAAGAGGCUCCUUAAGGCCCAGGAGCACCUGUCCAAUAGCAGCCUGGCGGCGGCCGCGGCAAGAGCAGGAGCCCGGCCCGAGCCGGAGAGCCUGCAGGCCCGGCUGAGCCAGCUGCAGAGGAACGUCUCAGCGCUGCACCUGGACACCAGCCACAGGGAAGAGGCGCUGCAGGGCACCCUGGCGGACAUGCAGGCGACCCUCGACCGGCACGUGGAAGAGAUCAAGGAGUUGUAUUCCGAAUCGGACGAGACCUUUGAUCAGAUCAGCGCGGUGGAGCAGCAGGUGGAGAAGCUGCAGGGAACCCAGCAGGAGCUGCGGGAGCUGCGCGUGGCCCUGAUGGAGAAGUCGCUCAUCGUGGAGGAGAACAAGGUGGACACGGACCGGCAGCUCCUGGAGCUCAACCUCACCCUCCAGCACCUGCAGGGCGGCCUCGCCGACCUCAUCAAGUACGUCACCGACUGCAACUGCCAGAAGCCCCCCGGGGGCCCGGACGGUACCCAGGAGGGCCCGGGGAACACCAUGCGCGCCCCCGAGGGCGCCCACGGAAGCCUGGACCUGCGGCGCCCGGGGGACGGCUCCUCUCUGCUGGCCCUGGAGCAAAGGAAAGGGAGGAAGGAGCAGAAGGCCCUCGACGCUUCCCGGAGGAGGGACAAGAAGCAGGUGGGACCUUUGGCCGAUGCCGACGUCCAAGGGCCGGCGCCACGAGCCCUGGGAGCCGAGCCUCCGGAGGCAGGCUCCCCCGUGGCCUUCUAUGCCGGCUUUUCAGGAGGGACGGCUGCCCCGCAGACAGUGAAGUUCGACGCUGCUCACGUCAACGUUGGCAGCAGCUACUUCGCUGAAGAUGGCUACUUCCGAGCCCCUGAGCGCGGGGUCUACCUCUUUGCAGUGAGCAUUGAAUUUGGCCCGGGGCCAGGCGCUGGGCAGCUGGUAUUUGGAGGUCACCAUCGGACCCCCAUCGGCGCCGCUGAGGAGCAGCGGGGAGGAGGCGCGGCCACGGCCUUCGCCAUGGCUGAGCUGCAGAAGGGCGAGCGCGUGUGGGUGGAGGUGACCCAGGGUUCGGUGCGGCAGACAAGCCCCCCAGGCACCGCCUUCGGGGGCUUCCUGCUGUUCAGGACCUGAGCCCCUGGCACAGCCGACCCUGCGCCGGGAUGUGCCCAGCUCUCCUUGCCCUGGGCUCUGGCCAGGUGGCCGGGAGACCCUCCAGGUUAGCCUAGCUCUUCCCUGGAAACCCGCAAAGACAAUGGCCUCCCUCUGGAUGCUGCUCCCUGGGCCGGCCCGGGCUGGGCGGGAAGCUGGGCCUGGUGGGCCUUCCAUCCGAGGCAGCAUGGCUCGAUUCCAGCUCUUGGCUGCCCGUCUUCUCCAGUGUCUGCUGUUUUGCUCCUGUGGUUGAAAACCUCUGUACAACACUAACCUUUCUCUGGCUUCCUCAUGUCUAGUCCCUGCUAGAAAAGCAUUCUUUCCCAGAGAGAAUUUGGGAACUAGAAUAGAGGUGGCAUUUUGGACAAUCCGGGAAACCAGGCUCCAGUCACUGCCGGCAGGAGAAGACCAGCUGGUUAGGUCUGUCAGUCAGAAAUGAAAACUGGCCGAGUAUUAGGCGAAGGAAACACAAUUAGUAUCUUUUCCGUAGUCUCAGUCCUUCCUCGGAUGUACCUGUAACUUUAACUUCACCCCCUUUUCUCCUGCCGCACACGGGACAAAGGCCACGUGCGAACUGCAAGCUAAAAUGUGUGCAGCUUUCACCCUUUCAUGCUCUCUCACGCCUGACCACCCUCAUUCUGAUUAGCAUCUCCAUCAGGAACGGAGCUGAGGGAUGAGGAGGGAAGACGACUAAAAGUCUCCCUCAAUUUCAUCAUUGGAAUCAAGCAGCAAGCUCUGCCCGGUGAACUGAUGGUGGGAAGGAUGUGGCGGGUGGAAAUGUGUGGCAAAAUAAAACUGUUUGCGAUAA